GUCAAAAGUCAAAACUCAAAGUCAAAUUAGCAAAAUGAAAAGCACCCAGGAAAAGCUGGAAGCCGCAUGAAAAAUCUAAAAAUCAAAACAUCAUUAACUGGAAUUGCCUUUUAAAUGUCUUUAAGUUGAACCUACCGUCAAUCGAUCGACAUUAUUAAAACCUAGGUCCCAUUGUAAUUCAAUUUACAAAUAAAAAAUUUAAAAUGUUUGCAACAAAACUGAUUAACAUAGUUAAACCAAAUUUUUUAUUAAGAAAUUUCGCUGUUUUGCGUAAUAAUUCAGCACUUUUGUGUCAACAAAAACGGCUCAAGAGUGAUUUAUAUGAGCCAGAUUAUCUUAUUAGUAUGCAACCAGAUGAGCCUAUUUAUGAUUGUUUGAAUUUUCAAUUGAAGGGAUACGAUUUCACUGUCCUUGAAUCAUGCCAAAAAGAAAUACAUAGAUAUGCUGAAAUAAUGGGAAUACAGGUUGAGGAAUGUUGGGCAACACCAGCACAGCAAUUGAAAGUACAGCGGUAUAAGCCUUUAAGCACUGCAGUAGAAUCUGAGUAUCAUCUUAAUGUUUAUGAAAGGAAUGUACAGGUUACCGACGUGCCUGCAUGGGCUCUCGGAACGUUGCUGCGUGUAUCGCGCGCCUUGCUCCCAGAAGGAUGUACGCUUAAUGUUCAUGAGCAUACACCAGAACACGAAGAAGUUCGGUACGUGCCCGACAACGAACUGAUUGAUUUGAAACAACAGUUGGAUGACAUGGGUGGCGCACGUGUGGAUAAAAAGAAGAAAAAGUAGUAAUUUUCGAUUUUUAAAUAAUGUAGGUUUUAUGACUA